UGUGCCUGAAGUAAAUGGAUUGAAGUUGUGGCUGACACGUUCGUUGACCAUGGAUGAUGAUUAUGAAUCCGUUCUGUUAGUAGUGAGGGAGUGCUAUGUCUACAAGAUUCCGCCAAGAACCACUGCUAGAGGAUACCGUGCUGCUGAAUGGGGCGAUAUGCAGGCUUUUCUAUGGAAAGGAAGGCUAAGGAUCAUCGCCCAAGGGAAAAAGUGCAGCAUACGCUUGGAGGAUAGUGCCUCUGGUGAUCUAUUCGCAAUCUGUCCUUAUGAUCCAAAUGACACCAGCUCUGUUGAGCCAGUUUUAGAUUCCAGUCGCUAUUUUGUUCUACGCAUUGAGAACGAAGGUCGCCACGCGUUUGUCGGUAUGGGUUUCUUAGAACGAAGUGAAGCUUUUGAUUUCAACGUUGCGCUGCAAGAUUUUGUAAAGCAAAUCAAUGCAGAGAAGGAAGCUCUCACUAAGCCAAAAGAAGAUGAAGCAUCUAAAAAGGAUUAUAGCUUGAAGGAAGGCGAAACUAUCAGCAUCAACAUCGGAAAGGCAGGCACGCGGCGGACUCGACCAAAAGCAACUGGUCAAGAUUCUGGUUCUGGAGACCCUGUACCGUUCCUGCCACCUCCGCCAUCUGCAGCUCAAGUAAAGCGCCAACAACAGCAAACCAAGUAUUGAACAGAACUUCAUCGAUUACACUAGUAGUGCGCACACUUCUUAGUUUUAUUACUGGCUCGAUAUUUUAAGUCGCUUGCGUAGUAACAAUAAAAAAGAAAUGAACACACUGCCUGGUUGGAAGUACUUAGAGAUUGUUGGCCUCAACGCCUUCACCGGACAAGGAUAGGUUCGCGAAUGACAGUGAUGGUAACAGUUUACUUAAUUCGCUAUUCCAAGAGUUAUUCUUUGGGGCCACACUUGUCAGAGAGGUAGAUUCAUUAUUCCUCAUUAGAGGUCCAGCCAGUCAUUCUGCUCCCGAGUGAUCCGUUCGAUAUACAAGGAGCGGAAGGAACCCACACAGUCCAAGGAGCCAACUUAGUUUCUCGAUCAAACUACUUCAAGGGCACAGGAUUGCUGAACCCAUAUCACCCAGAAUGUUUAAC